AUCAUCAAGUCACUUCUGGUGAAAAACACGGAUUUCUGGCUGGAGCAGUUGAUGCGUGUUGGGAUUUUCCAGAAAGUUGAAGCAGUUGCCAAUCAGCCAGUUUCGUCAAGAAAGGCUUCCGACUUUGCACCAGUGACUGUUGCUAAAGAAAGCCGUCAUACGCCGUCUUUAUUCAGUUGCGUGCCACCUGCAAAUAUUAAUGAAAUCUCGCUUGUUUGGUGCGUCGGAUUACACGAAACAACUAUGUUUCAUAAUAUAGUUGUUCAUCCAUGCAGUUCGCAGGGUGCGUCAAUCUUUGCUUUUAUACGUUUUCAGACGGAGCUAACGGGACGUCCGCUAAAAGAAUUCGUUCACUCAAGUGAUUACGAUGAGCUCAUAAGAUUUGAUACUGCCGGUGGUAGCACUGCCAGCGCUGCGUGUGACCGGAUAACGACACUGAGAAUGAAAUCCGUUAUCACUCCACGCGGCAGGAAUCUUAAUUUUAAAAGUGCUUUGUACAAGCCUGUUGUCUGUCAUAUGCGUUCGCUGGUAGAUGCUUCGGGACAAAUACGAAUACGUGUUAUGCAGGCGAGUGCGCAGCCGGCUGGACAGGGCAGUAACGCUGUUGUGGCGGCAAGAAACGUUGAUGUACCAAAUGGUACCUAUAUGACCCGGCAUACUUCUGAUAUGAAAUUCUCAUAUGUCAGUGAAAACUUCAACUACAUUGUGUGUCGCGAAAGUCGCUCGUUGAUGGGUACCUCAUUCUUUAACCUCGUCUAUCCGGCCGAUCUUGACGCUGUGGUUGCAUCGAUUCGCGAAUUGCUUGCAAAAGGCUACACUCGAACUCCGUACUAUCGCCUGAUCGGAGCAAACAAAACAGUGCUGUGGGUACAGACGGAAGCGACUGCCAUAAAUCAUACAACAAAAGGGCACAAAGGGCAGUAUAUUAUCUGCAAGCAUGACUUGCUUGGCACCCAGACUGAAUCAGAAUCAUUUUUGGACGAGAAGCGAUGUGCAUCACGUUACUCUUUAACGCAUGUGAAGGAGGAAGUUUUGACUCCACUAAAAGAGGAAGAAAAUCUUGGUUGGUCGGCCGGUGACGAAAAACGACGAAGUAUUGCAGUGGAUUUUUCAAGCGCAACAGCGCAACGAAUUGCUCCCUGGAACUCUUUUUCGUGCCCAAAGUUUGAUCUUUUCAUUUCGAUUUGUGAAAUUGCUCUUUUUACCAGUAGCAUUUUAGCCAGGACGGAAACGUGUCAGACGAGUUCACUGGUGGCACCUCAGUCAGAAUCGAGGACGUCAAUUAUGACUCGAAAGAUGGAAUCGCUUUGUACAACAGAAGUUGCGUGCCAGCGAACUGCGCAGUCAGUUCAUAUGCAAGUAACGGAGUUACAGAGAGCGAAUUGCGAACAGACGGUGCACGAACAAAUUAUCAUGGCGGAGCAGCUAAUGGAAGUUCACGCUGUUGUACCGCUCAAUGCAUACGUACUGUCAAGCAGUGGAGCAGCCGGCGGAGGAGUCCAGCGGAACACAGGCAAUAUGUUCACCACUUUGUCUACUGCCGGUACUCAGUAUGCCCGUUCCAUAGGUUACGACCUCUAUCCCAGCAAUGCAUCAGAUAUGAAUGUCACCACGCUCAGCUACAACUCGGCACAAAACAAUUUUGCUUUAUCGCCAACUAGCCCUGUUGAUUUGACUGCCACUGAAAUAACGAAGAUCAAUUAUAACACUGCGAAUAGUGACGAUGGUUAG